AUGUUUUACUUAGCAUUGUGCAUGCUUAGCGUACUCGAUGUUUGGUCAACUUCUUGUGUCAGACUUUGCUCUUCUCGAAGAACGUUUCUUGUUUUCUUCAUUGGUGCAUUGCUCGCUUCUGUGAAUGUCUUCUCCAACUCCGACAACCUAGAGGUCAAGCUAUACUUCCGUUUAUCUGCCUUUAUGUUUGUCGGAAUAGCUUACACUUUGUUUGGUGCUUCUCUUUUCUUCUCUCUGCCAGACGAAGGAGAAAAUCGACAAACUUUGGGUCAACAACAGCCUUCAAUGGGGUGCGUUGUUGGUGUGGUGAAAUUUUAUUACAUAUCGAAGCCGUGCUUUUGGCAUUUGCUUGCACGAAAGGCGCUAAGAAUGCGAUACCCGUAG